AUGUUGAGUGGAGUCUUUCUUAUUUCUGUCUCUUCUGCUCUGGUUUGGAUUGGUACCAUGAACACCUCGCACCUGCAGAUUAAGAAGGAGAGUAUGUCAAUGGAAGAUGCAAAGGCAUUUCCAAUUAUUGGAUCUGUAGUGCUUUUAAGUAUCUUUUUUGCAUUUAGGUAUCUCUCAAAAACCAUCAUUAACACGAUGCUAAGAGCACUUUUCUCAGCAACAGGAACAUUCUCUGUGUACAAGCUAUUGAAGGUCGUAUAUCAGCGCUUCAUUCCUAUUGAGAAAGUGAAAGAGCUUGCAAAGAAAAAGAUAGAGAAAGAUACUCCUUCUGAGAAAAAGAAGACAGAUUCUGCAGAAGAGAAGAUAGAAGAGGAUCUAGAAAAAAAUGAAAAGCCAAAAAGCACAGAAGCAAGCCAAUCUGAAGAAGGCAGCAAAGUAGCAGAGCCAGCUCAAGGUGUAGUGGUAGAAAACAUCAGGGCGUUUAAAAAAGAGGUGAUAGAGACCCUUCAAGAAGUGAAAGAAAACAUAAAGGUGUACAUUGAGGAGUUCAAGAACAUUCACUAUCUUGCAUUGUUUGCUAUUUCUUUUUUAAUUAACGUGUGGUACUUCAAGACAAAGAGCAUGCACUCUUCAAAUAUUUUGGCGUGUGCCUUCUCUGUAAUGGCCAUCCAGGAGAUAAAGCCAGAUUCAACAAAAACUGUCCUUGUACUUCUGGGACUUCUUUUCUUCUAUGACAUAUUCUGGGUGUUCUUCACACCGGUUAUGAUCGGAGUAGCAAAGGACUUGGAAAUUCCAAUAAAGAUAGUCUAUCCCUUUGCAAGAAAGGGCGCAAGCAUGAUUGGUCUAGGAGACAUUGUGAUUCCAGGAAUAUUCCUCUCUCUUUCCAGAGAGUUUGCACAGAAGUUCAGCUCACCUCUUAUCUUUACACUUGGAUAUGCAGGGUAUGUGCUAGCCUUAAUGAUUACUUUUGCGAUUGUGUUUAUUUUCAAAGCUGGGCAGCCUGCUUUGUUGUACAUUUGCCCGCUAAUUGUAGCAGGAAGCCUGGCCGGUGCAGCAGUUCACAAAAGAACUAAGCAGUUUAUUGCCUAUACAUCUGAAUAA